AUGGUCGUGGAAACGCCCAACAUCCCUACCAAGUCGGUGUCGGUUCGCCCAGCAGAGGCGGACACGGCAAAGCUUGCAGAGGGCGUGGCUGCUGUCAGUAUCAGCACGCCUGAGGAUGGCAGCCUCCCGCCUCAUCGAUCUCAUGACCCUCAGUACAAUCAGAAGCGGAGCGAUCCGUUCCAGUUUGGGUCUCGCUUCCUGGGCGAGUCUGACGAUGUCUUUGAGUUCAAUGCUUGGGACCAUGUCGAGGUUGAUGACACCUACAAGGAGUAUGCUGAGCAGCAGUAUGCCAUGCAGCGCGGGUCCCCUGUCUCCGAUUUUGACAAACGGAGAUUCAACGGUGACCCGGCGAAGUGGUGGGAUUUGUUCUACAAGAACAAUACGGCCAACUUCUUCAAGGACCGAAAAUGGCUCCAGCAAGAGUUCCCAAUCCUCGGCCGCGUAGUCCAGGAGGUUGCUGGACCUAUGACUCUGCUGGAGAUUGGCGCCGGUGCCGGUAACACGGCCUUUCCUGUCCUCGCAAACAACAAGAAUCCCAAGCUGAAAGUUCAUGCUUGCGAUUUCUCCAAAAAGGCAGUGGCCGUCAUGCGGGCACACGCUGAAUACGAUACCCAGUUCAUCCAGGCCGAUGUCUGGGAUGUUGCGAGCGAUGUACUCCCGCCCGACCUAGAGGAAGGGUCCGUGGAUGUCGCCGUGAUGGUCUUUAUCUUUUCAGCCCUCGCCCCGGACCAGUGGCAGAAGGCUGUGGACAAUGUGUAUCGGCUCCUCAAGCCUGGCGGCGAAGUAUGCUUCCGCGACUAUGGUAGAGGAGACCUUGCUCAAGUCCGAUUCAGGAAGGGGCGGUACCUCGAAGAGAACUUUUAUGUCCGUGGCGAUGGCACCCGCGUUUACUUCUUUGACAAGGACGAGCUGGCUGGUAUCUGGACGGGGCAGCUCAACGGUUCUGAGGAGACAACGACACCUGCCAAGUUUGAGGUUCUCAACCUGGGCGUCGACCGCAGGAUGCUAGUCAACCGGGCGAGGAAGCUCAAGAUGCAUCGCUGCUGGCUGCAGGGCAGAUUCAAGAAGAUCUGA